AUGAAGAGCUUUUCAAAGAACAAAUUCUUUCAUUGCUUUCGACCGGUUGUUGAUAUAGAUGCCAUGCUUGAAUCCAAAGUUGCUGCUCAUUGCUCAGAGAGCUGGUUCAUGCAGCACCCUAAGAAACAAACCGUUUCAAAGUUGAUCAAAGCUGUGAUAUUAGAAACCAUAUUGAAUAAAAGAGCUCGACAUCAAAAUCGUUACAGCCUUGAUUGUUUCGGUGGAUCAAAGAAAAAUUGUUCGACACAUAAAAAAGAAUCUAAAGCCUCUCAAUCAUCUUUGUCAACAUUAUCUACACAAAGUUCCUCGUUUUCAAGCCCAAAAGUAUCACAAUUGAAGAACAUGUCAACCAAAGAAAAACAUGAGAAAGAAAGCAGCAGUGGAAGCACACUACUAGAGAAGCAAACGAAGUUUGAGUUGUAUGCAAUAUGUUUGGUACUCAUAAGCUUAGUAUUUACUGUGUUUUGGGGGAAACUAUGUGGAAUUUUUUUGACAUCAAUGUGCCUAUACUUUUUUUGUCUUUGGAACUCAAACUCUAGCUGCCAGAAGAUGUUGCUAAGUUGUCCAAAGAUUGAUGUAAAAGGUGAUUAUGGAAUGUGUGCUCAAAGUGAGAUUUCUCUGUACUUGCUGAGACAAGGAGCACAUUUGGCAGUGAAGGAGACAAAACAGAUUCAUAGUUAGGUCUUUUAGCUUUUCUUUUGUAUUUCUUUCUGACAUUAGAUUAAUCCAAUUAGUGCUUGUACAAAAAGUUGUUGACAGAAGAGAUUAAUGAAGAUUUACUUCAUCAAA